AUGUUGUCUCAGUGUAUGGAGAUGUUCAGGAUGCUCCUCUGCUGUGGUUUCGUGUCUGUGUGCUGUCUGAUCUGGACUUUAUAUUCACCUGUUUUCUGGAAGAAAAAUGCCAACAAUCUAGUUGAGGUCCCUUACAUAGUGAGCAGUGAAUACACAUCUUAUGAGAAGAGUACUAUCCAGAGUGCCAUGACGUCCUUCGCCAGCAAAACCUGCAUCCGCUUUGUGCCCAGAUCAUCUCAGAUCGACUACAUCAGUAUUGAGAACAAAGAUGGGUGUUACUCGUCUCUUGGUAGAACAGGUGGCAAACAGGUGGUCUCUCUCAAAAGGGGUGGCUGUGUGUACCAUGGCAUCGUUGAACAUGAGCUCAAUCACGCCCUGGGCUUCUACCACGAGCACACCAGGAGCGAUCGUGACCAGUACGUCAGGAUCAACUGGCAAAACAUCUCUCCUGAUAUGGCCUACAACUUCCAGAAACAGAACACCAACAAUCAAAACACUCCAUACGACUACGGCUCCGUCAUGCACUAUGGAAAAACGGCCUUCGCCACCCAAUAUGGGCAGGAAACCAUCACUCCCAUUCCUAAUGCAUCUGUGCAAAUCGGACAGAGACAGGCGCUGUCUAACAUCGACAUCCUGAGGAUCAACAAACUGUAUGGAUGCUGAAGCUGAGGCUUAUGUACACUUGAUGUUACUGAUCAUUUAAUAUAGUUUAUGUGUCUGUAGAUGUUAUAAUGAAGGAAUGAAUUGA